CGGAAAGCUUUGUUCCCACCCCGCAAACCCCACACUUUCCUAGACCGCGUGGCAUCGCUGUAUCGUUGUUGAGAUCUUACUGGCAUAGACACGGUCGAAAACAACCAUUAAUUAUAAAUUCAAAUAACGUCUCAGGACUUUCAUCACGUCCUCAGACUUCUCCCUCAUCACCUAAACCGCCUCUAGUCGAAAACAUCACAAAAAUCUUCACUAUGUCGUCAACUCAAACAGAAACCGUCACGAAGACGGUGUCCCCGCUAGCAAAAUUCUCCACACCAAAGGACUUGGUGGACUUCUCCGGAAUGAAGUUUGGAGACUGGAGGGACGAGUUCCACAAUAACGGCUGUGUUGUACUGAAGGGUGUCAUUACACCAGAGAGGGCUCAGUAUUACCGAGAAAAGCAAUUGAAGUGGCUUCACAACUUCGAACUUGGUUUUGAUGAGGACGAUGAGAGUACUUGGACUGCGGAUCAUCUUCCGGUCAGCUUCAAGGGAGGCAUGUACUAUGGAUAUGGCGCCCCACACGAGAGUAUGGCAUGGGAAGCGCGAACAGAGCCAGCAGUUGUAGAGAUCUUUGAGAAGCUCUGGGGGACCAAAGAGCUCCUCACUUCGUUCGAUGGCAUGAACAUCUCUCUUCCGCGACGCAAAGACUUGGAAUGGAGCCAAUGGCCACAUUGUGACCAGAAUCCAGCACGCCAAGGAAUGCAAGCCGUCCAAGGGCUUCUCAACUAUGCACCAAACGGCCCCAAAGAUGGAGGCCUUAUGUUGAUGAAGGGUUCCGCCAAGCUCUUUGAAGACUUCUUCUCCACUCCCCGUGAGUUCUACGCUCAUGAAGAUGCUCCCCCGCCCGAAAUGAAAUACAUGGACCUCUUCCUAUUCAAUCCAAAAGAUCUAAAGUGGUUUGAAGAUAGAGGCUGUGAGAUGAUCAAAGUUAACAUGGAGCCCGGUGACUUCGUGCUUUGGGACAGCCGCACCAUGCAUUAUGCAUGCCUUCCAGAAGGAGACCAGAUUCGUCACGUUCAAUACAUCUGCAUGACUCCAAAGAGAUUCGCGACUGAGGAUCAGCUCAAGCUCAAGCAAGACUGCUUCAUCAAAAUGAUCGGAACUACUCACUGGCCACACUGCAAUAUCCGCCCUGCGAGUGACCCACCCAUGAGGAAUGGCAAGGUCUGCCCGAAGAAUAGGAGUGAACCCUUUGAGAAGCCGAAGCUCACGAGGGAUGUGCUGCGGCUUGCAGGGAUGGAGGCUUAUUGAGAUAGCAUAUACUAGACAAUGAAGCAGAUACGUCAAGUCAUUGUAUCAUUUGAA